UGAAGACAUAGUGUGCGGGCCACGCGCCGCAGCUGUCAACUUUAUGCCAAGACAAGCUGAUUACGACAUCCCCGCCUUUCCGGUUUCUCCCUCGGGUCGGUAACACACGCGACCUCACUGAUCGUCAGCGCGCUGCCGGAACAACACCUCAACUGCCCCAUUUUUACUCCAGUGCAUGCUUCGUUGUAUCACUGGGGAACGUGCCCUAACCACUGCCAAAGUUGUUUGCUUCUUCUCGGCGCCCCGACGCGUGGCACAAACCAAGUCGUAGAACACGUCGAGGUUGCGAGAAGAACGACCAGCAUUGAAACCUGCCUACAUCAUUACGCUUGAUGACGGAAGCUGCGCGCAGGUCCAAUGGAGCUACGUCGUCUGACAUGACGAACUCCCGAGGAAUGGAUGGGGGGAAAGACGUCUUCAAAUCAAGUGUUGCCAAAAACAGCUCACCAUCUAAGGACAAAGCUUCUUCCUCAUUAAGUUCUGGAACGCCAACGAAAACUUCAAAGAAGCGCAGAAAGGUCAAUCAUGCGUGCAUAUACUGCAGACGUUCGCAUAUGACUUGUGAUCUCGAGCGGCCGUGUACACGAUGUAUCAAGAGAAACAUCGGGCAUCUCUGCCACGACGAGCCUCGCGAGGGUGUCAAAAAAGCCAAGACAGACCCAGAACAGGCCGAAGAGCAGAGCGAAACCCCAGAGAAUGGAGUCACCGUCUCCGAUGCCGACUCAACCAUUCUCUCUCAGCAGGUUAGCGCUCCGGAUGUAGGGCUACAACUUGCACCGCCUCCCCUACUUCCUGAUAGCGGUGCCCGCACGGCAUCGAUAGCCCAAUCUGAACCCGCAUCAACGCCACAGCUGUCUUCCCUUACCCCUGGAAAUCAGUCCUUCUUAAAUUAUGGUGAUCUGGUCUCCCCCUCCCAAAAUAACUUUCAGGAUAUGCACCAACUUCAUCCCUCGUAUAACUUCAACGCAUCCGAAGUCAGUAAUGAGUACAAUUUGCUCAACGACUUUCUCAAUAACAGCCUUAUGGACGACGGCUCGUUCUACGGAGGUGGAGACUUUCAAGCUCUGUUCUCCGAUGCUUCUCUGAUGAAUCCCAUGGGCACCCUAACCAAUAAUUCUACCUUCAACCCAAAUGCGUCUCGAAACGCUCAAUUACUACCUCCACCUGCUCAACCCGCUACCGGAAACCCUAAGCAACGGCGGUCCAGUGGCUUUCCUAUGGAUAAGGCUCGGGAGAGAUAUCUUUUGACCGCUGCUGAUCCUGCUGGCUCGGAUAGCCCUGAAGAACGAAUGAACAAGCUUCUUAGAGCUAAGAUGGAUGCGGGGUUGUUGAGGCCGUUUAACUAUGUCAAGGGUUACGCACGAUUGAAUCAGUACAUGGAACAGAACCUACAACAAGUGUCUCGUGUGCGAAUAUUACGCCAGCUCGACAGAUUUCGACCUAAGUUUCGUGAGCGCAUCAACAAUUCGACCGACAUGGAUCUGGUGCGCAUUGAGAUGUGGUUUGACAAGAGUUUGAUGGAAUACGAUCGUGUGUUCGCGAGCAUGGCCAUACCUGCUUGCUGCUGGCGGAGAACUGGCGAGAUAUACAGAGGGAACAAAGAGAUGGCAAGCCUCAUCCACGUACCAAUGUCGAAGCUCCGAGACGGUAAUAUUGCUUUGCAUGAAAUUAUCGCUGAGCCGUCAUUGGUGUCCUACUGGGAGAAGUUUGGCGCCAUUGCAUUCGAUCACACUCAGAAAGCUAUCCUUACCAGUUGUUCGUUGAAGAACCCAGAUCCAAAUUCGAAGGAUCCUGAGAUUCGGUGCUGUUUUUCCUUCACUGUUAAGAGAGAUGCUAACAAUAUCCCGGCGCUGAUUGUGGGCAAUUUCCUUCCCAUCACAGAGGCAACAUCUGGUUCGUUGCCAUGUUAAAAUAUUAGUGGUGUAUGAAAAUUGCAUGGUGGUCUUGUAUGAAUAUCUUGCGAGACGGCAGUGCUUGAUUGGGUUCGGUAAUGUUAUGUUUUUGUACUCUUUAUCCUAGCAUGUAUUUCAGGUGAGUGUGGACUUAUCUGGGUCUUUUUGAUGCAGUAGCAGCCGUUAGCUGUGUCUAUAAUAUCAUGAGGACGCAGGUCUUCGGUGAGUAUCAUCUACAUUGGUAUCUACCUAGUUUCAAUAUUUAAUCGCC